AUGACUCGAUACCCCGACCCAAUCCUCUCGCCCUCUCUGGGUCGAGAGAUAGGCAUCAUGAUCGCCGUUCUCGGAGCUUGUGUGCUGACGAUUGGGAUCUACUCGAUUAUAUGGCGUCGAAUCCAAAUCCGCAAUCAAGCCGAGGACCUCGACCGCCGCAAGGCGCUCAAAAACCGCGCCGCCCGAGGACCAGAUUUCCCUUCGACAGCGCCAGCGGCAACGGCAGCGGCACCAGAGCGUAGAAUCGGGCUGGAUACGGGGGGCGUGUAUCGUCUUCCGAUGGAAGUGUCGGGGAAGAAGAGUGAGAUGGAGGGGGGUCACGAUGGGAGUGCAGAUCGGAAUGGGAAGGGGAAUGAGAACGCGGCCGCGGCGAGGCGAAGAGCGGAUCUUUUGUGA